AUGCAGUUACAAGCACUCGUACCCUUCCUUCCACUGCUUGCCAGCCUUGCUGCUGGCCAAUCAUCCAGCACACCAAGAGCGUUCUACAACCAGGUGUGUCCCGAAAAAGACGGUCAGGAGAAAAAAGUCUACUCCAAUAUCUACGUCACGUACCACUGUAACCAGCGGCCGGACACCAGCGAACUAGCGGUGAUAUCCGCCGCGAGCCCAGAUGACUGCGCUACCAUCUGCUCCAAGAGGUCCGACUGCAAGUCCGUCCUAUGGGCUGGUAAAGAAACCACUGAGGGUCGAAACUCGAACACUCCCAAAUCCUGCGUUCUCUACCACAGUCUUGACGCACCGCUUAUUUCUGAAUCGGAAGUCGUUUACAUGACAUAUAAGGUAAAGAAUGGUGGUCUCUUCCCUGAUGACAAUGAUAAAUGCAGUGACGAGAAGGCCCACAUCGACCGCUUGCAGGACAGGGUUAAUGGUCUAGAGCGCCAAUUGAAGGACUGUGAGAAAGGCUGCACAAAGGGGUGUUUCCAGUGCCCCGAUUGGGACCAGGAACAUGUCAAUGAUAGAGGACACGAUUACAAGGUUUACUGUGGCAUGCUCGACGAUGAGGGUUGGGACGCGGAUAACGUUGGCUUCAAGCCCGACAGGACUCCGAAAGAAUGUAUCCAAGCUUGCACUGAUACCCCCAAGUGUGAGCGUGCCAUCUGGCCUACUGCUUUAGCCUCGAAUGCGAAAGGAGGUUGUUGGCUCAGGCCUUACACGAUACGGGCUGGGCGUGUUCCCUCGAAGAAGUCGGGCUAUAGCAGUGCCCAUCUGCAGGGAACUGAUGGGAAUGCCGUCUAA